AUGGACCAAUACUCGCCUACUUCUCUCUACUCGAUCGCGGAGGAGGUCACCCCUCAAGACCAUGGGAUUCUAUGCGGUGGUGGCACUUCUUCCAAUCUCGAGCGCCUUCCAUCCCGCCUCCAGCGAUCGAAGACAACAUCAAGAAGCAUGAAGAAACAGAUCGAAGACCUCGCGUACGAAGUGAGCUACCUAAAAGCAGAGCUCUUAUGGCACUCUGAAUCCAAACAGGCGCUGCUCCAGCUGCAGGAGCAAAUGUACCAGCUGUUUCAUAAAAUGGAGGACGCUCUUAUUCAAGUGACUACUCGCCUCCAAGAAGCAGAACAGCGUUAUCUGGGUCUGUGGGGUAUUACCCCAAAUGCGAAUACUGAAGAAGGUGUGAUCUGA